AUGUCGAACGAUAAUUUGAAAUUCUCUCUACGCUCAAUUUUUGAGAAAAACAAGCUCAAUGAAACGAACUUCCUUGAUUGGGAAAGGAAUCUGAGAAUUAUUCUCAGGUCUGAGGGACGUGAGGACGUCCUAACUACUCCUAUCCCCACUGUGACUGGAACCUCAUCAGAUGAGGAGAAGGAAACAUCAACUCGGGUGAAAACUGAAGCAUUACCUGUUACUUGCCUCAUGCUAACUGCAAUGGAGCCUGAAUUGCAAAAGAGGUUUUUGCAUUCUAAUGCUUAUACUAUCAUAACUGAACUGAAAACGCUGUUUCAGGAUCAGGCAAGGAUAGAGCGAUAUGAGACUCACAAGGCUAUACUUGAUAGCAAGCUUGUGAAGGGAAAACCAGUGAGUCCUCAUGUGAUUAGCCUGACUGGGCUUUUCAAGAGGAUGGAAAAUCUAGGGACCCCAUAUGACCAAGAGUUGGCCACUGAUAUUGUUCUUAGAUCCUUACAUGAUGGUUUUGCACCAUUUAGAAUGCAAUACCAUAUGAAUGGUCUAAAGCAUGAUCUGAAUGAGCUCCAUAACAUGCUUAAAAAUGCUGAAGGCAAUACUAUUGAUGACAAGAAGAAGGAAGCCAAGGGACACUGGAAAAGAAAUUGUCCCAAGUACCUAGAAGACAAGAAGAACGGGACUGUGAGUUCCACUUCAGGGACUUAG